AUGGCGCAAGAUCAAGUGUCCCAGCGGCGAGUGACCACAUCAGAAUUGGAGAGUUUGCGAAACCUAGUAGGCAGUACAAGGGCCAUGGUCGAGCAACAUGGACGACGGCUUGUCGAGGUGAAGGAAGGUGUUCUCCAGCCCGUCAUUUGUUAUGCUGCUCCCCACUGGGAUGAUCACUUUGCAGCAGCUGUGUCUCUUCUUCAGGACGAGACAACGCACUAUGGGAUAUGCUGCGCAGAAGUCCGCUGGUAUUUGAAGAGAAGAACCAUGGACGAAUUUCCUCUUUCUUACGGGGGCGCCUUGGACGAGGCUCCAACGGCGGCCUCCACGCCACUGUCAGUCGUGGAUUCACCCCCUCUCAGGGAGUCACCAGACACGGCCUUCGAAAGUUCUGGAGACGUUGCAGCCACCGGAAUUACGAUUAGGUCGCUGAACCGGGAGCACCAGGUCAAAAAAGACGACCCUACUCCGGCUGGACGCAUUAACCAUGCUGGGCCCGCCGUCCGUGAUCUGGAUGCCGUAUCAGGGGUCGGUCAUCCGCGGGGGGCCCUUGACGUUGACACGAAUUUCCAGAACUUGGUUACUUUGUCCCACGGACCGAAUCAAAAUCUAAAUCAACUUGAAGGAAAGGGGGCCGGCGAGGCAGCAAAAAGUCCCAUUGCAGUUCAACGCCAUCCAGAGCGAACCGCUGCACUUGAAAGGCACGAUCAGCCACCUGAACGAUCGGCUUUACCAGGAACUACGCAGCCUCUGCGUUAUGUGGAAGGACGUAAGACUCGUAGUCUGCGAGAUGUUGGCCCCCUCGAACUGCUUCAACCAAAGGAGCCCACAGGCAUCGUGGAUUCCCCGAGAAAAGUCCACAAAGAUCCCGUCAGCGUGGGGGAGCAGUCCAUGCUACAUGCAAGUGUGAAUCCUCCAGUUCCUCAGCCGACAACUGCCGCCCAGUUCAGCAAUCACAGGCCUAGUCAAAAUGCACCCACACGGCCUACCGACCGCGGUGGCAAAGCCAGACCAGAAGGGACCGCGAACACAGGAGCUUCUAUGAGACUUCAACAAGAUCUAAAUCUGAUGGACGUCGUACCACCACCACCUGACCUAGAUCUGGAACGGAGAACAAUGAAUGCCAUGCUAAACACUAAUACACCAUCCCAACAACCUGCUCCACCGACGGUCAGCCUUCUUCCUAACAUCGUACCUUCAUCACCGCAGGAACCUCCCAAAAGACAAAGCUACGCAAAUCCGAAGAACCUGUCAGCCAUCGUGCUGCUGCUGUCAGACCGCCAUCAACUAGUGAACUUCCACCAGCGGCAGUCCCUACUUACUGCCAAUCUGUCCCCAACUACCUAUACACCAGAUAACAGAGAUACACGUUUCAGGAAUGAACCCCAACCCCAACCCGGUCUCGACUCCGCACAAUUUCCCAACCUGCAUGAUGAUGACCAGUCUCAAGAUGGGUCAGAACGCAGCGAGUCAGUGGCUUGGGGUGAUACACCGGCACAAAAGGCAAAGCGAGGCCUGCUUAGAAGAGCGCUGCGCAAGACAGCCAAGAGAGUGGAUGAGGUGAGCAAGAAAUUGCGAAGGGUUUGAAGGUGAAGUGAAGGAGAUGGCUGUUCGCUGGUGGCUGACUGGCUGGGUAGGUAAGGUACUCUGAGCAACAUCAGAUGGAGGAAUGGGGCUUCAAAUUUGUAUUUAUCGUGCUUUCUUGUGAUAAACGUGGGCUCAACAUCGAAGG